AUGGGAUCUGCGAUUCCUGUAGAAAUCUUCGAAGACGACGGAUUCGAUUGGGAAGCAGCAGUAAGAGAAAUCGAUUUGGUUUGCCUGCAAAAAGCCUCAAAUGCAUCUUCUUCUUCGACCCAUUUCACUCCUCCCCCUCCUCCACCGAUUCCAAAGCCUAAUGUCACUAAACGCCCUCCUGCUAAACGACAAUCUACUCUCGAUAGUUUCGUCGGAAGACCCGAGCACAGACCUCCUUCUCCGCCGGAGAAUCAAGUUGCUUCCGACCCGAAUUUCGACGCAUUCGAGUGUGGUGAUAACAACAACGAUAAGAGCCCCUGCGUUGGGAUUGAUCCUGAGACAGCUAAAACUUGGAUUUAUCCAGUGAAUGUUCCUCUUAGAGAUUAUCAAUUCGCUAUAACAAAGACUGCUUUGUUUUCAAACACAUUAGUGGCUUUACCAACAGGACUUGGUAAAACUCUUAUAGCUGCAGUUGUUAUGUAUAAUUACUUCAGAUGGUUUCCAGAAGGUAAAAUUGUCUUUGCCGCACCUUCAAAGCCGCUUGUGAUGCAGCAGAUUGAAGCGUGUCAUAACAUCGUAGGAAUACCACAAGAAUGGACGAUUGACUUGACUGGUCAGACAUGUCCUUCGAAAAGAGCUUACUUGUGGAAAAGCAAACGGGUUUUCUUUGUUACUCCGCAAGUGCUAGAGAAGGAUAUACAGUCAGGAACGUGUCUUACUAACUACUUGGUUUGCUUGGUGAUUGACGAGGCACAUCGAGCUUUAGGGAAUUAUUCUUACUGCGUUGUAGUUCGUGAGUUGAUGGCGGUACCAAUACAGUUGAGAAUACUGGCUCUCACUGCAACUCCUGGAUCAAAGACGCAGGCGAUUCAGGGUAUCAUUGAUAAUCUGCAGAUAUCCACACUUGAAUAUCGGAAUGAGAGUGACCAUGAUGUUUGCCCUUAUGUCCACGACAGAAGAGUAGAACUAAUCGAGGUUCCUUUGGGUCAAGAUGCAGAUGAGGUAUCUAAACGUCUGUUAGAUGUUAUACGUCCAUAUGCAACGAGGCUUAAAAAAUUCGGGGUUAAUCUAAGCAGGGAUUGUCAAACUUUAAGUCCACACGAAUUACUUAUGGCAAGGGAUAAGUUUCGUCAAGCACCUUUACCAGGCAUUCCCCAUAUAAGUCAUGGAGAUGUAGAAGCUUGCUUUUCAGCUCUUAUCACUCUUUAUCACAUUCGUAAGCUUCUUUCAAGUCAUGGAAUAAGGCCAGCGUAUGAGAUGCUUGAAGAGAAAUUGCAGCCAGGGCCAUUUGCUAGAUUGAUGAGUAAGAAUGAAGAUAUUAGAAAGACGAAGCUUUUGAUGCAGCAAAGAUUGUCAAAUGGAGCAACAAGCCCAAAAUUGUCGAAGAUGUUAGAAAUUUUAGUUGAUCACUUCAAAGUGAAAGAUCCAAAGACAUCACGGGUCAUUAUUUUCUCAAACUUCAGAGGAAGCGUAAGAGACAUAAUGGACGCAUUAAGUAAUAUUGGAGAUUUGGUCAAAGCAACAGAGUUUAUUGGCCAAAGUUCAGGUAAGACACUGAAAGGGCAGUCACAAAAAGUUCAGCAAGCUGUUUUGGAGAAAUUUAGAGCUGGUGGGUUCAAUGUUAUUGUUGCAACAUCUAUUGGCGAAGAAGGCUUGGAUAUCAUGGAAGUCGACCUAGUUAUAUGUUUUGAUGCUAAUGUAUCCCCUCUGAGGAUGAUUCAACGCAUGGGAAGAACCGGGAGGAAAAGCAGUGGUCGAGUUGAUAUCCUUUCGCUCGCUUAA